AUGACAAUGACCACAAUCCCGGAAAGUCUCGGCGGCCCCGUCUCAGGAAAAUCCGUCUUCAUGGAGUUUGGACCCCCGAGUCAACAGAUGUCUCCUUCCUCCUCCGUGGCGCACGGGCACUACCCCAUGCACUGUCUGCACGCGGCGGGCCACGCGCAGCACGACGGCUCGUACAGCCCGGCCUCGUCCUUCCCCCGGUCCCUGGCUUACCCGUACGUCAACUCCGUCGGCGGCCAUUCCGCCAGCCCCUAUCUCGGCACGGUGCAGACGUACCAGAACAGCUCGGCCCUGACGCAGACGCGCCUAGAGGACGCAGCACCAGAAGCGGAGAAGAACACGGUGGUGGAGGGCGGAGAGGUGCGGUUCAACGGCAAGGGGAAGAAGAUCCGAAAGCCCAGAACCAUCUAUUCAAGUUUACAACUUCAAGCUCUCAACAGAAGAUUUCAGCAAACCCAGUAUCUGGCGUUGCCGGAGAGAGCCGAACUCGCCGCGUCCCUGGGUCUUACCCAGACACAGGUCAAAAUUUGGUUUCAGAAUAAGCGAUCCAAAUUCAAAAAGCUGAUGAAGCAAGGCGGCGGCCAGAUCGACCCCGGCGCUUUGGCCAACGGCCGCGGACUUUCGGCCGGUUCUCCCACGGUGACGCCGGUCUGGAGCUCGCCGAGCGCCGUGAAAACGCCGGUGGGGACGCCGGGGUCUUACAUCCCCAGCUACACCUCGUGGUACCCGACCACGCACCAAGAGUCUAUGCAACAGCCUCAGCUCAUGUGAACGAGAGAGAGCGGGUACGCGCACCCCUGCAGACCCUCCACCCCGCCGUGGCUCAUAUCAGGAAGGACUGCGGGACCGGCACCACCCCUGGCCUGGCCCUGCACUGGCUUAAUGAAUGCACACAGAUGUAUCUCGGGAGUUUGCUUCCUAUACGUUGC